GUUCAGAUCUCCUUUCAUACUACACAAACCACUUACUUGCAGACCUCUCGUCCACAAACGCCUCGCAAACCAAUUUCUGCAAACCGCCACCUUCAGAACAACCGCCAACAUGUCCUCAGCACCAGGCGAACAACAUGAAGUCCGCCAGACGUCUUCCACCGAAGACUGGCACCCGGACCCAUCCAAGUCGAUCAAGCUCACUCCCGCCCGUCAGGCACUCAUUGACGACAUCAUCGCCCUCUACUCAUGUGAGCCAACUAUCAAGCGCGUGGAGCGCUACACUGCCGACUGCGUCUACGAUGAUCAGUUCGUAUACGCAAACGACCGCUACAAGAUGGCAGGCCAAUGGUUCGCGCUCCCCAAACUCUUCAAAGCCAGCAAGAACGAAGGCUACGAGAUUGUUGUCAAUGAGCCCAACCUCAUCCAAUUCAAGAACGAGCAAUCCUGGACUUUCAAGCUCAUCCCCAAGACGGCUACCAUCAACGCACUGGUCAGUCUGAGCUUGGAUCCGGACACUGUCGACUCGGACUUUAUCCAGGUCAAGUACCACAAGGAUCAGGCGAACGACAAGGACUACUCGCACGAGGGUGUGGGUUUCAGCUUCAAGAAGUGGCAGGCGGAUAAUGUCAUGAAGCACAUGGAUUCGGAGGAGGUCAAGUACUUUGAGAAGGACAAGGGAGCGGCGAAGGAGGCUGUGAGGAAAUAUGGAAGUGGAGCGGCAGAAGGUGAUGCGCCGGUGAAGGAUCUUUGA